GCCCCUCCCCCGCCACCUGCGCGAGAGAAGUUGAACUCAGUCGCGGAGAACUUUUCCCCUCAGGAGUGUUUAGUGCGGUAAGAGUGAGCGCUCGCGCCGGGAAAACACCAGAGCGCGACCAUGAAGCUGUGUGGAACUUUCUUAGAGAAUGAGUAUCGGGGGGAGCUCCUGAACCAGCGCUGGACGCGAGGAGAUAAGAUCAGCCGCUGCCGGCCCUCUCUCAGACCACAGAGCCGACCAAUCAAAAUGAGUUUGGAUAUUGAUGACAAGCGGACACGUACACGGUCCAAGGGAGGAAGAACUCCCACCGAGACUGUAGGACAGGAGCUGAGCUGUCCUACGCCAGGAUACAAUGGUUCUGGCCAUAUCAGUGGCAAUGCUCGACACAGAAGUAUGCUCAGCUGCCCAGUGGCCAAGAAGAGGAGGCUGCAGGAAGAGGAAGAGGAGGCAGAGCAGCAGCAGCCUGUCUCCAAGAGGAAGUCCCACCCCCUGAAGCUGGCGAUGGACGAGUGCUUCAACGCCGAGAGUGAGGGGAGCGGGGAGGAAGAGCUGGAGGUGAAGGAGGAAGACGAGGUAGAGGAGGGAGAAGCCCAGCAGCAGUGCCGCGACGGAGAACAUCAGGAGGAAGAGGAGCAGAAAGCCGAGAGCAACGGCGCAAAACAGGCAGAUGAGGGCGAUGAAGAAGAGUGUGUGAUCAUUGAGGCGUCCAGCACUGAGAAACCUAAAGCUACAGGAGCAGAUGACAUCUCCACCUACCAACACAUAGUGGCCAACUCACUACUCCAUCUCAGCAACCAUAAUAAUAACCACGUCACGUCUCCACUACUUGUUGCAGUAGAGGCACAAUCAAACAGCCCAACGAGAGUGAAUAAUGAAGAAGAGGAGGAUGAGAAAGAGGAGGCCCAAACAACAACAGUUCGGCCAACCGAGACGAUCAGGGUGAACGGGAAAACAGAGGAAGAGGAGGAAGAAAAGGUGGACCGGAAAGGAAGACAAGAAGAAUCCGACCACCAGUACUUCACAGAGGAGAUGAACAUGAACACACGUCUAGCUGAGAAUCGCGAGAAUCCACAAAACAAUGCACGAAGAAUGUUCGAGGAAGACUACGAAGAUGAGGAGGAGGAGGAUGAGGAGGACGAAGAAAAAGAACAGAACACAAAACGGAAUGACCUUCCCAAUGCUUCUGUAAUCACAACAGUAGCUCAGGGAUUCCUCAAGAAAGAAGACUACAUUACCCACAAACCCCUCUCCGCAGAGAACUACACCUCCAGCAAUGCCUCGGUAGCUCCCCUCGUCAUCGAGGUGCGAUCUGAGGGCUCGGAGAGGGAUGAUGAAGACGGAGAUGAUGAAGAGGAGGAGGACAACGACAGCCUUUCCCAGCGCUCGACAGUGGCGGACGAGUCCGAGAUGUACGACAUGAUGCGAGGCAACCUGGGCCUGCUGGAGCAGGCCAUCGCUCUUAAAGCCCAGCAGGUCAAAGGUCAUCGAGAGUUCCCACACAUUCCUGAACACCAUCGGUACUUCUCACUAGAUGACCGGCCAAUCAAACACAUCGAGCACCUGCGCAAGAGCUACUACGGAAAAGAGAGUUCCAGACCAGAGAAGAGAGAAAUCAAAUGCCCCACCCCUGGCUGUGACGGCACGGGUCACGUGACCGGACUGUACCCUCACCACCGCAGUUUGUCGGGAUGCCCUCACAAAGACAGGAUCCCGCCCGAGAUCCUCGCAAUGCAUGAGAAUGUUCUGAAGUGCCCUACACCAGGCUGCACGGGACAGGGCCACGUCAACAGCAACCGCAACACACACCGCAGUUUGUCCGGAUGUCCCAUUGCCGCCGCUGAAAAGCUGUCCAAGAGCCACGACAAGCAGCAUCUGCCCCAGCCCAUGAGCGAGCAGCCCAAAGGCAGCCCAAACUCCGACAGAGUGCUCAGACCCAUGUGUUUUGUGAAGCAGCUGGAGGUGCCGCAGUUUGGCAGCUACAGGGCCAGUCUGUUGCCCAGUACCCCGCGUGCUAAUCUGGCUAAGGAGCUGGAGAAGUACUCCAAGGUCUCCUUCGAUUAUGCAAGCUUCGACGUGCAGGUGUUCGGCAAGCGCAUGCUCGCUCCAAAGAUGCUCACCAGCGAAACCUCACCCAAAGCCUUCAAAACCAAGCCUCCGUUCCCCAGAACCUCUUCCCCGAGUCCCAGCCUGCAGAGCGCCUACGGAAAGAGCUCAUCCAGCAUCCACGACUACUCCCAUGAUGCCGAGGCUGCGCACAUGGCGGCCACGGCCAUUCUAAACCUGUCCACUCGCUGCUGGGAGAGACCUGAGAACCUCAGCAUUAAGCACCAGGACAAGAGCAUGGAGAUAGAGGUGGAUGAGAACGGUACUCUGGACUUAAGUAUGAAAAAACCCAUAAAGAGAGAGGGAGGCCCGCUGAGCACAAGCCCCGGCGUGCGCUCCCCUGAUCUCUCUUCAUCGUCCUCAUCAUCCCUGCACCACGGCAGCAGCGGCAUUUCACCACACCUACAGGCCUACAAGCAGGAGAACUGGGACGGGCCUCUGGACUACACCAAACCCAACCGACAGCGGGAGGAGGAGCUCGAUGAGAUGGAUCACACAGGCCAAUCAUUUGCAUCCUCUGACCCCGAAGACUGUGACAUGUUGCAGGAGUGUCCAGAGGACAGGAAGUACCCUGGCGAGGUCACCACACCAAACUUUAAGGUCAAAUUCCAGCCCAAGGAGUGCAAGAAAGAGCUCCUCAUGUGUCCCACGCCUGGCUGUGAUGGCAGUGGCCACAUUACUGGAAACUAUGCAUCCCACCGCAGCCUGUCUGGGUGCCCUCUUGCUGAUAAGAGUCUUCGGUCCCUCAUGGCUGCACACACGGCUGAACUCAAGUGCCCCACCCCAGGAUGCGAUGGUUCAGGCCACAUCACUGGUAACUACACCUCUCACCGAAGUUUGUCUGGGUGCCCCCGUGCCAAGAAAGGCGGAAUAAAAACGACCCCCACCAAGGACGACAAGGAGGACUCCGAGCUUUUAAAGUGUCCAGUGCCAGGCUGUGACAGUCUGGGUCAUAUCAGCGGGAAGUAUGCGACUCACCGCAGUGCGUACGGGUGCCCACUGGCUGCCCGUCGUCAGAAGGAGGGUUUGCUGAACGGGACGCCUUUCUCCUGGAAAGCCUUUAAAACAGAGGGUCCCACCUGUCCCACGCCAGGCUGUGAUGGAUCAGGCCACGCUAACGGCAGCUUCCUCACACACAGAAGUCUCUCAGGCUGUCCCCGGGCCUCCCUAGCUAAGAAGAAAGCCAAGUUUCCUGGAGAGGAGUAUCUGAGCAACAAAUUCAGAGCGAGUGAUGUGCUGGAUAAUGACGAAGACAUUAAACAACUCAAUAAAGAAAUCAGCGAUCUCAAUGACUCCAACAACGAGAUGGAAGCUGAUAUGGCCAACCUGCAAACUCAGAUCUCCUCCAUGGAGAGGAACCUGAAGAACAUCGAGCACGAGAAUAAGAUCAUUGAAGAGCAGAAUGAAGCGCUGUUUAUGGAGCUGUCAGGACUGAGCCAAGCCCUUAUUCGCAGUCUGGCCAACAUCCGCCUGCCACACAUGCAGGAGCCAAUCACCGAGCAGAACUUCGAGAAAUACGUGAGCACCCUGACCGACAUGUACACCAACAAAGACUGCUACCAGAACCCAGAGAACAAGGCCCUGCUGGAGACCAUAAACCAGGCGGUGAAAGGCAUUAAGGUUUGACUCCUGCCUGUGGGGGAGGAUGCCCCCUAGAGGCGCGGAGGAGAAACAGCGUACGCAUGUAAGGCCGAAGAGAGGGCGUGGUACGAGCGGUACACACAAACACACACAAAUACAAAUACAAAAAGGGCAUUCAGGUUGUUUUUUUUUUGUUUUUUUUUUUGUUAGUUGUUUUUUUUUUGUUUUGUUUGUUUGUUUACUUCUUUCGUUUGGUUAGUUUGGUGUUUGUUGGUUUGAACAGCCUUCAUCCCAGGAAGCAUGACGAGUGUGAUGAGAAAAGAAGAUACAUAUAUAUAUAUACAAAACGAAAAUAUAUAUAUAUACACAUAUUAAUAUAAGGACCAAAAUCCACCACAGAAAGCUGCUGGAUUGGAUGGAUGGAAGGAUGCGAGGAUUGAAAAAAGGACAAAAGCUUUUUUUUUUUUUUGCUUUUUUUUGGCACCUUUCAUCUUCAACUCUGGCAUUUUUAAGAUGGAAGGAGAAGGACGAAGAAGAGCACCCAUACUUCAGCAUCUGUCGGGAGACGACAGAGAGACUGAGAGAGCGCUUGUGGACGAAAGAAGAGCGAGAAUCACCCUUGUGUUGCCUGUGGGAGGCUGCUGCCCCUUUAUCACAGCAGAUACACUCUCACACACAAACACACACACUCAGUGUAGUGAAUGAUCUUAUCCACAGGCUGCUGAGAGCCGACAUUGCGCUCAUUAUAAUCCCCCCGGAGUAAAACAGGUAUGCAGCAUUUUACUUGUUCUCCGUGGGCUUUGAUUUGGCACUAAAGCAAACUGGAGGAAGCAACACAAAAAAAAGAAACCUGUGAAAUAAGAAAAAGCUAGAGCUUUCUCUCUCUCUCUCUUACACACACACACACACACACACACAAACACAGUAGGGCUUCACAAUAUGGCCAGCAAUAUACAAAAAAAAUUCAGCUGAAACAACAAUAUGAUUGGCCUGCAUUGUUUUGUUUAAAAAAUUAGAACAUUUCAUCAGAAAUCAGAACACCCAUAGAAACUCAUCUCAUCUCGCUCUAUGAUUGGUCAAGAGACUCGCAAUGCAUUAUCCUUAUUGGCCACAGAGUUCUACACCCUUACAUAUCGCAGCUUGCUGCAUAUUAUUAGUACUGUCAAGUAAGCCAGCACCAUAAUAUCGAUUACAAAUAAUAUACUGCUGUUUAUUGCAUAGCACUAAAUACACACAUAUACACACAAAUUCACACAAAUACACAUACACACAUUCUCAUAAUCUCAUGGGGAAAGUCCAAUUUUAAGGCCUUUUUAAGUUAAGUGUGAUUGCCCAUAUCUGAACGUAUUUAUUUAUUUAUAUAUAAAUUAAUGAUCUGAAGUGCGUACUGUCAGCAGAAGCACUGGUUCUCUUCUUGUUGUUCAUUUGCAAUAUUUAUGCUCAUAAAUAAAUAGUAAUAUAAUUAACAUAUUUUUUUUCCUCCGAUCCAGUCAUAGAUAGUUCUAUUUGUUAUAUUUAUGAAGAAAAAAAAAAAAAAAAAAAAAAGAUUGCACUUCUUUUUUUUUUGGUGAAUAGUUUUUUAAUUAUAACUAUUACUGUUAUUAUUACUGUUGUUUGUCUAACCUUAGUUUGUUUAUUCUUAUUUAUUUUAUUUUAUUUUUUCAUUUUUAUUUGUUUUAAUUCACCUGUUUCUUUCCCUAAAAUUUUAGAGCUGAAAAGUGCUGAAUUCCCUCCAUUUAUUACAUUACGAUGAGAAAAACAAAAAUGUUUAGAAAAAGCUACCAUCCAUUUUUAUACCUUAUUUUUUCUUUGUGGAUAGAUUUUGAAAACUUUUUUUAAGUGCAAAUAUUUUUAACUGCUAAAAAGUUUUGAUAAUUUUAUAAGAUUCAUUUUGUCAUUUUCUUCUUUUUUUCUUGUUGUUUUUUUGUUUUGUUUUUUUGCAUUACGUUCCUUUUGUUUUGUUUUUUUCAAAAUCCUGAUACACCCAAGGCUUAUGGAGAAUUCUAAUUCUAAUAUGUAUUUAUUAUUUAUUCAAUAUUUAUGAACUAAUGAACUGUGAUAAGGUUGUACUGUAUAUUUAUUUUGUAAAUGUGACGUUUGUGACGACUGAGUCUGAGUAGUCUCAUGUUGAAAUAAAGACGCAUAAAUGACGAUGAUGAUGAUGAUGAUGAUGAUGAUGAUGAUGAUGAUGAUGAUGAUGAUGAUGAUGAUGAUGAUGCUCGGACGAGAGAUGAAAAAAAAAAACAAUGUUUUGUCAUCGAGGGUCUCCUUAAAAUGCCAGCAACACUUCCUAUGGGAAUGUAAAGACAAAAAAAGAACAAGAAGGAAAGCAAUUCUGCUGAUUAUCCUGUGCGUUCCAGCAGGAAAACAGGAAAUAGAAUCUUCUGUGGAUCUUCUUUCACUGACUUUUAACUUGUCGAGUUCCUGGUAUGGCCCAAGAUGUUCUAUCUGUCCCGGAAUGGUUAUUAUAUAUAUAUAUAUAUAUAUAUAUAUAUAUAUAUAUAUAUAUAUAUAUAUAUAUAUAUAUAUAUACAGUAUAUACAGAAAUACAAUACAUAUACUGCUGAUGGAUUAUUUUUUCUCUCUUUUGACCUGUACAGACAUUCUGGAUGAUAUAUGGACGAUGUUUUAUUCUUGUUUUAUUUUGUUUUAUUUUAUUUCGGUUGGGAUGGGGAUUGGGAAGAAGGGAUAAAUGGGGUAGAAGAUUGAAACAUAAAAAACUUUUGAAGGAGGGAAACUUUUGAACCACAGAGUCCUUACUCAGCUAGUGUCCGAUAAGCAUACACCCUUGUAGCCUUAUUCUUGAUUCUUUUUAUUUUUUGAAACGCACAAAGUGCCACUAACCCACGCUUUCUUUACCGACUCCGCCCAUUCAGCGACCACACCGAUCUCGAGUCAUGUGACCGUGGCAUAAAAGAUGUGUGGUGUGGUGUUCGUUACAGUUGCCUUUAUUCCUUUACGCCGAGAUGGCCAUAGCUACACUAUAUAUACAUUCUGUAUAAAAAAAAGACUUAAAAACUAUAUAUAGAAUAUAAACAUACAUAUAUUUUUCCAGUGUAAUUGUUAACUCUUUCUCUUAUUGUAGCUUAUCAGAGAGAUGAUAUCUUUUGAAAAGCUGUAUUACUACCGAUAGGAGACAAAAUAUCGAAACGAAAAAAAAAAAACGUAAAAAAAAAAGACCCAUUUUACUGUGGUGGCAGGAUACCAUGUGUUUUAUAAUAUGUAAAGGUACAUUUCUAAAAUCUACGGAUGCUGAGGUUGUUUGUAAAGUUUCCUAUUCCUUGUUUUUGGUCCACGGUUGUUUUGGGGCUUUAUCUGUGUAUCAUGUUAUGCUCAUGUAAAAAAAAAACGGGACCGUGGUGAACCGUGAUGAAGAAGAAGUUGAAAAAAAAAACGAAGAGAUAGUCCGUUCUUAGCCUGUCGUAGUGUAAAAGUUAAGUAAACGGUCGCAGUCGUACCUGUGAAGAUGCAUCGUAGUAACUUCAUGGUGGUCCUGCUCGUAGUAUUGUUUGGUGUUGUGUCAGUUCUGGGACGAGCCACGCAGCCUCUAGAUAGAUAUACUGUAUGUCUCCAGCGCCAACCAUGACACCAAAAGUAGUGUGUGAUUCAUAUUAGCGCGUUUGUGAACAAUGAACGUCGUGCCUCCUUAUCAAUAUAUCGCCAGAACGUCACUCUCGUCUCCAGCUAGAAGGCCGUGCUGUAGAAACGGUAUCGUUCGUUAGGUGUUUUUACAGAAGAAGCAAUGUACCGGACAGAGAGCUUGCGUGCACUUUCGAGAUUGUUGAAUGCCAGCUGAUGAAGUUUCAGCCAAAACUUUUUUGGAGUUAAAAAUACUAGAAUACUCAGAAGAAUAUUAGCUCCAUUUUAGCUAAUGGAUGUCUAUCGAUCACACCAAAAGGAGUGGGACAAAUUGCAUAUGUCUUUUUACAUGUUUGUUUGUUGCUGUUGAGUGUAAUUCUCUGUAUUCUGUCCGUGAAAUGUAGAAUUCCCUUUGAGUCAGCUUUGCGGGAGAUUAAGAUCGUACAAGAUUAAGGGCAUUUUCACACCUAUACCUAAACGGACAGCGAUCCAGAUACUUAAAACAACCUUUGAAAAAUGGACAAUAGGUGCUAGGCUUACAAGAGUUGUAAGGGACAGGCAGGGUCAGUAACACAGUGAGAGCAAAUAUAAACAACAUACCAGAGAGUACUCAGGAAAAGGAGGGUCAUACCUAAAAAAAUCUGUGACAGGUCCACAACAGGUACUUAAGAGAAUGGGCAAGGCAAAAUACAAUAAACGGAGAUACAAAAAAGGGUCAGUAACAAAAAGGCAAAAACAAUAGAACACAUUGUAGAAGAGCUAGGAAAACUAGAUUCAAUACUCAGCACUCAACUGAGCAAACAGAGGGGUAUAUAUACUAGGGAGGACAGGUGGAGCCAAUUAUUAACUCGGAGAGCAGAAACGCUGUAGCAUCAUAUGAUCAGUGAAGUCAGGGAAGUCCUGAGAAGCAUUUGGGGGUGCAUGCUGGGAAGUGGAGUCUUUAGAGAAAAGAUCAGAGUCUUGAGCAGCCUCAGGACCGACACUUGUUUAUGUCUCAGAUCUUAACGACAUUUAAUUAAACUGUAAUCAGAAUCAAAGGAUUGUCAAAGAAUAUCCAGAUACUAUUCGGAUACAAAAAAACGAAAGUUAAUGCCAGGUGCAGACGAGCUUGUAAACUUGUAAACUAGUGCAUUGCAUUUGGUUUGGAUAAAUAAAGGUACAGCAACACAUUUUACAACAGAUCAUGUGGAAACUAAGGUAUCUGUUUGCUGAUAGGUCAAAGCUGUCUGGGGCAGAAGCUAGGUCCAGACAGAAGAAGGUCCUGUGUUCUGAACUAGUGAAUAUUUCUGUGUAAUUUAGCACCAAGCAACAGCAGAGGUGGCAUUCAUUCACAGCUGUAGUAAUAUCUAUCUUAGCGAUAAGCCAGAUUAAACCUUAACAAAACACUUAAGAGUUCGCAUGAGACUUUAAACCAUUAAACCAGGGUGAUUACUGUCUUUACAAUAUCCCAAACAAAUCCCACCAAAGAUAAAACAAACAAACCAGAGUCAGAUUUAACCAGAUUAAAAAAGUGCAGGUAUGAAAAUGCCCUAACAGUUAAGUAAUUUUGUCUAAACUGGUCUAAUAAAACUCAAAGCGGUGGGCCCACUUUGGGUCAAACCCUGAAUACGAAACUGAAAAUAAAGUCAGAAAAGCAGAGGUUGAGCGUUUGCUCCAAGAUUGCCAUUGAUAUGCAGUUCAGUGCCUCUCGCUCUCACACCCGGAGAAUGGAGGAGACGUUGGUUGCAUAAAUUUCUGUCCAUUUCAUAUAAUGUCAGAACCUUCCCUGGCCUCAUCCUCUCCUUCUCCGUAACCUUUUCCCAGGAAAGAUGUGGAGCUGCAUUUGAAUAUGAAAGUGCUCUCAAAGGCUCUGCUUUUAGAGAACGCUAGAGGAGAACAUGGAGGAGAAUAGGGCUACUUUUCUGAUCUGCCUGCUGUAGGACUAGCUCACCUUUGAAAAAGUAUUUUUCAGCCUAAUCUGUGUCUCCUGCGACUAUUAUUACUUGAAACCUGUUGACCUUUUCAGCAAAAGUGUAUUGUAAGGGUGUUUAGAGUUAAUGGGUUUAAAGCUCUCCCUAAAUUUAUCCACUUUUCCUCCAGUGUUGUUGUUAGUUAGGUCUCCUAACUUAGAAAGUUUAAGGAUUUUUCUUCCAAUAUGUGCUAUUACAAUUUUUCAACCUGCUGCAUUGUUAAUGCCAUGCUGUUGGACACCUCAACACACUUGGAGGAGAACACUAGCUGCCUAUUUUGUUGCAUUGAGUCUUGAGUAUCAGGAUUAUGUCUGAAAAAGGCCAUGCCAAUUGUUGUUACUCUGGAUUUGAAAAUGUCACUGUUUGUCACAUUGUGAGAGACACAAAAGACAUUUUUUAAAAUCCAAUUUCGCCUAAAGGGCAUCCAGACAAAAACUUUGGAUUAUAAUCACUUAUCAGACCACCUUCAGAUCCAGUUUGAUUUGCAAAAAAAUCUGAUUUUAUGUGGUUUCUCACUGAACAGACUAUCAAAAUUAAUCUGGAUACAAUUUAGAUAUUUUAAAACUAGAUUUAAGCUUGUAGUCUGAACAGUCUGAGCCUUACAGACACCUACACUGGAUAGUAUCAUACUAACUAAUGAUGGGAAGACCCCAUAUAGAAUGUAUUGUCCAUGGUAUUUGCCCAAAUACUACACACUCAGAAGAUUAGGUUGAAAAAUGCUGAACAACUUUUUACGCUUUCUGUUACAACCUGGUUAUUAGCUAGUCUUUGCUGAGUUAGAUAUAUUGUGUUGCAAAUUUGGAGCCACUGGUACCAGAAAGGAAGGAACAGUUCAUGCUAAACAUAGAUAUCUGCUUAUUGCUACUGACAUAAGUACCAUAAAGCAUGCAUUUCCUGAGUUCCUGAGCCUUGUUGCAUGCUGUCUAACAGUAGUUGUCAGUGAUGAUAAGCAGCUAUACAUGUUUUUAUUUUCACUUAUUCUGAGCAAAGUGGAUUUUUCAGAGGUUUCAUAAUGUGACGGCCUGUUCUCUGGAGCUUCUCUCUCUUAAAGCGUUUAUUUUUUUCCCCAUUCAAACCAAAUAAUAUAGAUUUAUUUUUUAAUUGCAUGGUGUGAGUUUUAGGGGGGUGAAAAAUUCAGUACUGUAUACAAGACAUCAAAACACUUUUAACUUUGUCUAUGUUGCUUGGCUAUGUUCACGUCAGCUGGUGCUGCCAAAUUGGAUAUUUAAUCAUGUAAUCGAUCUGGAUUAAUAGGUAAUAUGAAAAAUACUCAAAUUCUCAAAUCCAAAAGUUUAUAGAGUGCCAGUUUACACAGCUUGGAAAUUAUUGUACAUAUCAGGAAAAUUAAAUAAAACUAGUCUGUAUUGGCCAAUUUAUUUUGAUAUUUACAAGAUGGAAACAUCAGAUUGUUUGUUCUGACAUUUUGUGCGUGACAGUAAGAAUAGGAAAGUGUCUUAAAUCGAAUUUAAAAACAAUCUGUUUUGCGUUCACAUGCUCUGAAAGAAUCUGAUUUUAAGAAAAAUAUCAUUUUGAUCAACUCUCAGCCCUGUAAUGUGAAUGUGGCCUCUGACUUAUACAGAGAUACAGUAUAAAGACAUUCUGACAGUUUUAGUAUUAGCAUUAAGUGAGCUAAUAGGCCUUAAUGUCUUUUGUCAUGAUCUGAAAGUUGAAAGCAUGCACUGAUCAGAAAUCUAUAGUUUUGUCAAGAUGAUACAUUUACACAACACAAACAUAUAGAAAUGAUCUAUUUCUUACAUUUGUUUGUGCACAUGACUUCAGAAAAUUGGCAGAAGUCAAAUUUGAAAAAAUCUACAUGCUCUGAAAGUAUCCAAUUUGGAAAAAUCUGAUUUCUGCUACCUUUCACAGCUCUGUAAUGUGAAUGUAGCCUCAGGCUGAUACAAAGAUACACUAUAAGGACAUUAUUUUUUGUAUUAGCAGUGUGUGUGAGCUAUGCUCUUUGUCAUGACCAGAGAUAAGAGUGACAACAGGAAAUUGGCAGAAAUCAGAUUUGAAAAUAAUCUGUUUUUGCGUUCACAUGCUCUGAAAGAAUGAAGUUUUUAAAAAUCUGCUUUCUGCCACGUUUUACAGCUCUGUAAUGUGAACGUAGCCUCAGGCUGAUACAAAGAUAUACAGUACAAGGACAUUCUUUUUUAUAUUAGCGUUUUAUGAGUUAUGUCCUUUAUGUUCAUGACCAGAGAUAAAAUGGCAAUAUGAAAUUGGCAGGAAUCAGAAUUGAAAAUAAUCUGUUUUUGCGUUCACAUGCUCUGAAAGAAUCCAAUUUGGAAAAGUCAGAUUUUUGCCGAACUUUCCGCCCUGUGAAUGAAUCAGAUUGUCUGAAGAAUCUGAUUUCUGCUACCUUUUACAGCUCUGUAAUGUGAACGUAGCCUCAGGCUGACACAAAGAUACAGUAUAGGGACAUUCUUCUGUUUUUUUGUUUUGUUUUGUUUUGUUUUUGGUAUUAGCUUUGUGUGAGCUAGCCCAUUGUAAUGACCAGAGAUCAGAAUAAAAAAUAAUCUGUUUUUGCAUUCACAUGCUCCGAAAGAAUCAGGUUUUCUGAAAAAAAUCUGAUUUCUGCCACCUUUAACAGCUCUGUAAUGUGAAGGUAGCCUCAGGCUGAUACAAAGAUACAGUAUAAGGACAUUCUACAAUUUUAGCAUUAGCAUUAUGUGAGCUAAUAGGCCCCAAUGCCCUUUGUCAUGACCUGAGAGAAAAGUUGAAAGCAUGCACUGAGCAGGAAGUUCGUCAAGUGAAUUUGUCAGGAUGAUACUGGAUACUGUGUUUCCCGUUACGCUGAUAGAACCAAAAUGGCCCUCAAUCUGUGGGUGCCGUAGCCUACAGCUCUGUGGUGUUCUCAUGUGUGCCUUUUCUCACAUCACUUAGCUGCAGGAAAGGGUGUGUUUACAUUUGGGGGAUAGGUUCAAAUGCCACUCAGGGUGUCUAAUAGUUUCUUUUGUUGUUGUUGUUUUGUUUCUCUUGGGUGGGGUGAUGGUACAUGGGUGUAUGAUUUUUAUUUUUAUUUUUUCGGUAACUACUGAAAUUCUUAACAUUUAGAUUCGUAGUUCAUUCACUCUUUUUACACGAAAAACAAAAAAAAUAAACAGACCUGAUAUCGGACAUGAAUAAAAAGUAUUCUUCCCAAAAACCACUACAGAAACUGUGACGCUAAUUCAGGUUUGCUAACUGCACCACUGGUUACUUAUGUGAGGGAAAGUAUCAACCAAUCUGGUUAUGUCAAAGGUGAAGCAAUUGUGCACAGGGCAUUAUUCUGACAGCAGUGGGAGUCUGUACAUUUGUAAUAAAGAAACCGUGUCAUUGUUGUAUUAAAGACUAUUUCCAAAAAAAAAAGGACAAAAAAAACAAGUUUGUGACUUAAAUCGCAGCCAAAACCCGUCCCGCCAAGUCCUUUUUACAGAGAUAAGCUAUUUUUACUGGUGAUUUUUGUAGCCACAAUCGUAUUCUCC